GGAACUGAAGAUAAAGCACUGUUUUGUUUCUGUCAUUGGGGUAAGAAGAAUAAGGUGCUUCCAGAUGGAUCCACUUCGUAUGUGGGAGGUAUUACCCGUCAGGUUAUUGCAAAAACAGGCAUAAAGUAUAAUGAUUUUGUGAAUGCAGUUUUUGACCGACUAAGCAUUGAUCCUUCGGAUAAGAUCUUGCAUUUUACUGUGAAGUUUGAUAGGUCCCAAUUGAUACAGCUGAGCGACCAAGAAGAUGUCAAUACUCUCUUACAAUUUAAUGAUGAUUUUGCACAUGUUUAUGUAUCAAGUUUGGAGAUGGAGCCUGAUUCUAGACUCCCAUCAGUUGGCGCGAAAAAAAUUAAACCCGUUGUUUCUGAUUCAGAAUCAGAUUCUAAUCCUGUACGCAAUGAUGAAAAUGGUUUGGCAAGCCCUCUGAAGAAAGCAUGGGCUCACCAGUCAGCUAGAGAUGGUAAAGCUCAGCAGAAAGAAGCAGUUGGCGGUGAUAAUCAAAAGCAUGCUGGUGUAACCAGGUCAUGCAGUAAUUUCAUUGAAAAAUUAAAUCAAAAUGGAGCAGGCCUCCCUGAAGGGGGUCUGCAAAACAACAAUUCCAAGGUUUGGACAGCUAAUGAACAGGCUUCUAGGUCAUCAGGUGGUGUGGAAAAAGUUGAACUUACUGUUGAUUCAGAUUCAGAUUCUGAUUCAGAAUCAGAAUCUGUUCCUGAGAGUAAUCUUCCAGAGGUGUAUGAUUAUCCUGACCCUGAAUUUAGUGUUUUUGACAAGCUUAAAGCACAAAAUUGCUUUGCAAUUGAUCAGAUCUGGGCUUGUUAUGAUACGGCUGAUGGUAUGCCAAGAUUCUAUGCCCACAUUAGGAAGGUAUACAGUCCUGAAUUUAAGGUGAUGUUCAGUUGGCUUGAUGCUUAUCCAGAAGAUCAAAGGGGCAGAGCUUGGGUCGCGGCAGAGUUGCCUGUUGGCUGUGGGAAAUUUAGACGUGGAAGUACUGAAUUCACUUCUGAUCGACUUACAUUUUCUCAUCAACUGCAGUGCGGAAUGGGCAAGAGAGGUCUGUACAUUGUAUAUCCAAGGAAAGGAGAAAUGUGGGCCCUUUUCAAAGAUUGGGAUAUUAGUUGGAGCUCUGAACCAGAUAAUCAUAGGAAGUACAAGUAUGAAAUCGUGGAGAUACUUUCUGAUUAUGCUGUGGAUGUUGGUGUCCUAGUUGGUUAUUUAGAUAAAGUUUCCAGAUUUGUUAGCCUUUUCCAGCGAAUGAGGCCGACUGAAGUUGGUACAUUCUUUGUAAAGCCAAAUGAACUUUACAAGUUCUCUCAUCAAAUUCCGUCUUUUAAAAUGACUGGAACUGAACGAGAGGGUGUACCUGCGGGAUCCUUUGAACUUGAUCCUGCUUCUUUACCCCUCAAUCCUGAUGAUAUUUGGUACCCUGGAAAAGUUAUGGAAGACAGCAGGGCUGCUAAUUCUGAACCUGUAGAAAAUGAUCUACCUGCAGUUCCACUUGGAGCUAGAGAUAAAUCAAGGAAAGCAACAACAUCUCUGAAGUCUGGGGAUGACAUCCAUGCUACUGAUGGAGAGUCUUCUAAGGUUCAAAUACCUCCUAAAAAAAUGAACAUCUCUGAGAAAAAGCGAACUCAGAUGAGCUCUUGUUCUGCCAAUGACGGUCCUUCUACUGACUUUGAUGAUAAUUGUGUUAAAAAAAGCCGUCACUCAAGUCCCCGCAUGCCAAUUCAUUUGUCAUGUCAAGCUGAUAGAGAGUUGCAUUCACGCGCGAAGAGAUUUGGUCUCAGCAACUCCGUUGGAAGCUCCACCAAAGUAUCAACUUUUUCAGAUGAUAAAGGUUUUGAAGAAUUUUUUUGUGAUUUUGAGAUGGACAGAUCUACGGGGAAGUUUCAAGUACAUCAGGUAUGGGCUAUUUAUGGUCAAAAUAGUACAUUGCCAAAUACUUACGCUCUGGUUAAGAAGAUAGUUCCUGCCCCAUUCAAAUUGCACGUAGUCCUCCUUGAAUCAUGUGCAGGGCCUAAAAAUGCUGCUCAGUCAGUUUGUGGAAUGUUCAAAGUCCAGAAUGAAAAACAUCAAGCCUGUGAUCCUAGCUCAUUCUCCCAUGUGGUGAAAGCAAUCUCUGUUAAGAACAGGUUUGAAAUCUAUCCAAGAGAAGGAGAGAUUUGGGCACUGUACAAGAGCUUGAAAAAAUCAGGUUUGGAUCCAGACAAGUUUGAGUACGAGAUAGUGGAGGUCAUCGAGUAUUCAAAAGACUGGAUAAAAGUUUCGUCCCUGGUUCGUGUGAAUGGUUUUAAGUCGGUCUUUAAAAAGCAAACAUCUAAUUCUGUUAUUUUAGAAAUACAAAAAGAUGAGUUUUGGAGGUUCUCUCAUCAGAUCCCUGCAUUUCAGCUGACUGGAGAAAAAGGAGGGGUUUUGAGAGGCUGCUGGGAGCUUGAUCCUGCUGCAGUACCGUGUUCUCUGUUAAGUGAUGCACUAGUUAGUGUGUGAC